AUGGAAUCAGGAUACCUGGCCAUUGGGAUUUUCUUCCUGUCCCAGACUGCACUGGGCUUACUGGGGAACUCAGCAUUGCUGUGCUAUUUUAUUCUCUCUAACUUCAAUGGGAACAGGGUGAGGCCGACAGACGUGAUUGUUAAACACCUGACCUGGGCUAACAUCAUAGUUCUUCUCUGCAAAGGAAUCCCUCAGACAAUGGUUGCUUUUGAUCAGACAUAUUCCUUAGAUAGAGUUUCAUGUAAACUUGUCUUUUAUUUUCAUAGAGUUGCCAGGGGAGUAUCCAUUGGUUCCACAUCCCUGCUGAGUGUCUUUCAGGCCAUCACCAUCAGUGCCCACACUUCCAAGUGGGCACAGCUGAAGGUCGGAGCCCCCCGGAUCAUUGGUCUAUCUCUGGGCCUGUGCUGGGCCCUGUACCUAUCUAUAAAUUACUUAAUCAUUGAGAGAGUGACUGAUAUGUGGGAUAAAGGAAAUCUUACUGAAUUUAGACAAUUUUUAUACUGUUUAAUGAUAAAACUUCCCCAAACAACUUCCAUAGUAUAUGCCAUUGUAUUGGCUACCAGUGACGUUAUGUGCUUGGGACUCAUGAUGUGGGCCAGUGGCUUUAUGGUGUUGAUCUUGUUCAAGCAUAAACAGAGGGUCCAGCAUAUCCACAGAUCCUUGUCCUCUAAAUCAUUUCCUGAAGCCAAAGCCACACAAAGAAUUCUUAUCCUAGUGAGCAGCUUUGUGGUUCUUUAUAUAACCUCUGCCACAUUAAUGAUGUAUUUUUCUUUCAAGGAUGGAGGAGAUGCAUGGGUGAUCAAUGUCAAUGUGGCCAUGAGUGCAUGCUUCCCAGCAGUUUGUCCCUUUCUGCUCAUCAGACACUACGCGAGGGCUUUUCAUCCCUGCAGUACUUGA